AAGAGAGGGAAGACCUACAAUGAAGAACAGGAGGAAUUGAGGAAGCAGUUUCUUGAUGCUGUGCAGGACCUCGAGGGUGGGGAUGACGGGGUAGGGGAAGGGGAAUUCUUGAAACUGAAGGAUAAGGGUAAUGGAGGGGAUGGUGAGGAAGAUGAGGUGUUUGAGGCCAAAUUGGGUGAGUACUUUGGCCCUCAGGAAGAGUUGGACGAGAACAAGAUGUUCUUGAUGGAGUUCUUCAAGAACAAGAUGUGGGCUGACAAGGGUACUGAUGGUAGGGGUGAGGGUUUUGAGCUUGGGGACAUUGAUGAGAUGGAUGAAGAGGAGGUAGAGAGGCAAGAACAGUUUGAAGAGAGGUUUAAUUUUAGACAUGAAGAGAACAAAGGGGAUAGGGUGAUGGGUCACUCUAGGUUUGUAGAAGGUGCUAUUAGGAAAGAGGAGAAUCCGAGGAAAGGGCAAAGGAAGAGGAAGGAGGAGAGGAUGAAGGAGGCGGAGAUUCGGCGAAAGGAGGAGUUAAAGCACUUGAAGAAUUUGAAGAAGAAGGAGAUGGAGCAGAGGCUGCAAAAGGUUAUGGAGGCUGCAGGUAUUAAAAGUGACAAUGGUGCAUUGGAUUUGGAUGAGUUGGAGGACGAUUUUGAUCCUCAGAAGUAUGAUACGAUGAUGAAGAAGGCGUUUGAUGAUGGAUAUUACGAAGCUGAAGAUGCUGAUCCUGGGUUUUGCAGUGGAGGCGACGAUGAUGGUGAUAUCGAGAAACCGGAUUUUGAUAAGGAGGAUGAGUUACUUGGACUUCCUAAAGGUUGGGAUACAGCUGAUAAUGAGGGCGACUUUGCAUCUGUUCGUGAAAGGAUUUUGAAAGAAAAGGGUAAGAGUGUCGACGAUGAUGACGAUGAACAGGAAGAAGGGGAAGAGGAAGAUGAAGGUAAAAGGAAAAAGCAAAAACGUAAGCUGUCAUUGCUGCAGAAAACCAAGCAGGAAUUGUUGGACGAGUACUACAAAUUGGAUUAUGAGGGGACAAUUGGAGACCUAAAGACGAGGUUUAAAUAUGCGAAAGUGAACCCUAACAAAUAUGGAUUGAAGACGGAGGAUAUAUUGUUGUUGGAGGACCAAGAUUUGAACCAGUACGUGUCGGUGAAAAAGCUUGCUCCUUACAGAGAGAGCGAGUGGAAGGUUCCCAGCAAUCAGAAGAACCAGUAUAAGAUGAAGGUUAAGGAGCUGAAGAAUAACCUUAACAUCCGGAAGGCUAGUAAGAAGAACAAUAACCCAAAGAUCGAUCGUGAUAACAAUGAAGAAUCAACUUCAGCCGGCCUAUCCAGGAAAGCAAAGAGAAGGCAGAACCAAGCACAUCUCAAAUUGUCACAUGGUAGGCUCUUAGCAUAUGGGAAGCUUCAGCCUAGUGCUAAAGGCAAGAAGAAAGUGUAA